AUGGCUGUCGACAUUUUCUAUCACACCAACAGUGUUGAAAAUUUUCAAAUAUUUUGGUUUUUGUGGCGGCUGUUGGGUUAUAAAGGAUUUGAGAAUAAAUAUGCAAAUAUUCUACACAAUUUGGUGUUGCAUGCCGCCAUUAGCUUUUGGUAUCCGAUGCAUUUGACCUUGGGGCUAUUGAGUUUACCCAGCCAGGAUGAGAUUUUCAAAAACCUAUCGAUAACUAUUACCUGUAUCGUGUGUACCAUGAAACAGAUCUUUUUGAGACUGAAACUGAAGCAGAUGCGCGAUAUAGAGAAUUUAUUUCUAGAGUUGGAUGUCAGUGUUGCAAGUCGGGAGGAAUAUCAACAUUUUACUAACGGGCCACAGAAGUAUGCACAGUGGAUUUCUAAAUUGUAUUUCACAUUCUAUAUGGGAGCCAAUGUCGCAGCUAUUUCAAUGGUACUGUUGGACUCGGAGAGGAGACUUAUGUAUCCGGCUUGGUUUCCAUUUGAUUGGAAUUCGUCGUCGCUGGUUUACUGGUCAGUGCUGAUGUAUCAGUUUAUGGGAGUUACCACGCAAAUUGUACAGAAUUUGGUGAAUGAUGCUCCCGCUGGGGUAUUGCUUUGUCUGAUGAGUGGCCAUGUCCGGCUGUUGGGCAUGCGGGUGUCUAAAAUUGGUCAUGAUUCCAAGAAAACGGAGAAAGAAAACCUCGUCCAUCUGGGCAAGUGUGUUGAAGAUCACCUGAAACUAAUUAAAUUAUUUAAAUUGAUUGAAGACAGCCAAUCGUACGUGCAAUUGAUUUUAUACAUUUCGAGUGGACUUAAUAUUUGCGUAGCUGUGGUAUAUCUUCUAUUCUUUGCCGAAAGUUUGACGGCUUAUCUCUACUAUUCCAUGUUCAUAUUGGCAAUUUGCGUGGAAAUAUACCCGAGUUAUUAUUAUGGCAGUGUUUGCCAACAGGAAUUCAAUGACUUAAGUUAUUCGAUAUUUUGCAGCAACUGGACAGAUCAACCCAAGUUUUUUCGCAAAAAUAUGAAGAUUUUUGUCCAGAACACAUUGCCCAAGGUCACUAUGAGAGCUGGAGGAAUUGUGGGAAUGCAGAUAGAAAAUUUCUUUGCCAUUUGCAAAAUGGCUUAUUCUUUGUUUACUCUAGUCAGGAGUAUUAAAUAG